UUGCUUACGUCAGCGUCGCGCGGACCAUCAGUCUUGCGGACUUUGUGGUUUUCUUCCUGGCUGCGAGGCUACGCGCUGCCCGUUUGCUGAGCGACACGAUGCUCACGAUGGACGUGGUCAAGAUGCACGCGACCGACCGCAAAUAUUCACCGCUCCCCUGGCCGGGACGUGAGGGGCAGACGACGUCCAUCGAGUCCACCCGACGGCGUCCCACAUCGACACAGGCCCCGGCCGCCGGACCGCAAGUCGCAAUACUUAUAAGACGGCUUGCUCGAUGAUUCAGCAGUACCCGUCCUCAGUUUAUCACCAUGCAGUGCCCUAAGGUCAAGCUCAACAAUGGUGUCGAGAUUCCCAUCCUCGGGCUCGGAACAUGGCAGUCAAAGCCUAAUGAGGUGACAAACGCGGUGGAGUACGCGCUGAAGGAAGCCGGUUACAGGCACAUCGACUGUGCAUGGGCGUAUGGUAACGAGGAGGAGGUAGGCGAGGGCAUUAAGAGGUCAGGCGUGCCGCGGUCAGAGAUAUUUAUCACGAGCAAACUCUGGUGCACACACCACCACCGCGUCGAAGCCGCGCUGGACGAGUCUCUCGCCAAGCUUGAUACUGACUACCUCGAUCUAUAUCUUGUCCACUGGCCGAUCCACCUGAACCCAAACGGGAACCACCCGGUGUUCCCUACGCGCCCUGACGGGACCCGCGAUAUUCUUCUAGACUGGAAGCAGAGGGACACGUGGGCGCAGAUGGAGGCGGUCCUGAAGAAGGGCAAGGUCCGCGCGAUCGGCGUGUCCAAUUUCUCACAGUGCGUCCUCGAGCAGGAGAUCCUUCCUUACGCUCAGGUGGUCCCCGCCGUUGACCAGCUCGAAAUCCACCUGUACAACCCGCAGCACAAGCUCGUCGAAUGGCUCCGCUCAAAGGGCAUCGAGCCACAGGCUUAUUCGCCCCUCGGCUCGACCAACUCCCCGCUACUCUCGGAUGAGACCGCCUCGGCGAUCGCGGGCAGGUACGAGUUACAGACGACAGACGUGCUUCUUGGGUAUCUCGUGGCCAAGGACAUCGUCACCCUCCCAAAGUCGGUCACCCCUGCACGCAUCGCGUCGAACUACCGUGGCGCCCUCACUGCUGCUGCGAAGCUCACAAAGGAGGACAUUGAGGCGCUGGAUGGUGUCGCUGCGGCGGGAAAGCAGAAGCGGAUGAUCGCGCCGCCUUGGGGCAUUGACCUUGGGUUUGAUAACUGGCCGUGAGACGGCUCCUAGACGGAAUACGCUCAGUCACAUGUGUCAAAUAAGUGCUGCAGCUAGACUUGAUAACCGGCUCGAUAUCUUUUUUUCAUUCUGAGUCCCUUCGGGGAGCGAAACUCGGAUUAUGUAUGUACACAAAAGAGUGGGACCAACAGCCACCAGCGCCAGCGCGGCCAUUCAGGAUGAAGGCACCAUCAGCGGCGUCAGAGUAGCAACUUUCCAACUUGACAGGUGGAUCGGAUCGUCGCUGGAUCGUACAGAAGCCGGACCCACGUCGAUCAAGAACUUGAAAGGAUAAUGCUCUGCCAGGUGGAGCGGUGCCGCGGAGGGCACGGCAGGAAAGUUAAAGAAGGUCGUUGCCCUUCCGACCAUCGUGCUGAGCA